CGAUGCCAUGAAAGAAUUCUUUAAGUUUUUUAAAUUUCGUAUUUUUUGUAUUUUUUGGGUUUCAAAAAAUUUUUUCUUAGUUUUUGUAAGUUUAAUUGUCUUUGCCUUUGUAUUUUUAUAUUUUAUUCCUUUUUCUGUUCUGUUCAAAAAUUCAGGUAACCAAUUAAUCUGUAGUAAAAAAUCCAAAUCCACCGAUACCCCCUCCCCAGCUUAUUUAAAUAAAUUAAUUAUUUAA